UUCAUGAUGCACGUGGUUUCUUGUGGUCUCCUGUGAUCUCCCGUGGUUGUGACUUGCAGUGACUUGUGAUAGCUGUAUUUUUCAAAUAAAAUGUCGGUAGAAAACGAGGAAGACGUGAAGCUGUUUCAAACAAUUGGCCUGAGUGAGCAAAAGGCCAAGGAAUCUUUAAAAAAUGCUAACAUCACGAAGAAUCUCAAGCUGGCUAUAAACGAGGCAACUAAAUAUGGAGCUAUUACUCAAGAUACUGGCAUAUUGCUGUAUCAUCUAGCUUCAAAAACUAAAAAUCAGAUCAUAGAUAAGAUACCAUUUAUUACUAAUUAUAUAGUCGAGAAGAAACUAGAUAGUGUACAGAGGAUUGAUACUGCAUUGGCUCAUCUAUUAGCUAAUGUGGGUAAUGCUAUUGAUAUAGCUAAGUUUGAGGAAUCUUGUGGUAUAGGAGUAAUAAUUUUACCUGAACAAAUAGAAGAAGAAGUCGAGAAGAUUAUAAAAGUACACAAAGAUGCAAUAUUGGAAAAAAGGUACCGCUUUAAUUCUGGUCCAUUGAUGCAACAAGUACGUAAUAUUUUGAAAUGGGCAGAUGGUAAAGCGAUAAAGAAUGAAUUUGAUGUCCAACUUCUUGAUCUAUUGGGUCCAAAAGUUGAUGCUGAUCUUGCACCAAUACUUAAACAAGUGAAACCAAAAGACAAGCAGACGAAAGUGAAAAAGCUGGAAAAUGCAAAGGAAGAACAGGAGUCACUGAAUGGUGAGAAGGGAGGCGCCCAAACUAUAAGCGAAUUCAUGAAAACUAAAACUCAAUUUCAUAAACCUGGAGAAAAUUAUAAAACCGAUGGAUAUAUUGUAACCCCAAAUACACAUUAUCUACUGCAAAAACAUUUGAAAGCAACUGGUGGCAAAGUGGUAACGAGAUUCCCACCGGAACCCAAUGGAAUUUUGCAUAUUGGACAUGCAAAAGCUAUCAAUAUCAAUUUCGGAUAUGCUGCUGCUUAUGAUGGCAUAUGCUAUUUACGAUACGACGACACAAAUCCUGAAAAAGAAGAGGAGAAAUUUUUUGUCGGUAUACGGGAGAUGGUGGAAUGGCUCGGUUAUAAACCAGCUGUGAUUACACAUUCAUCGGAUUACUUCCAGCAACUGUAUGACUGGGCCAUAGAGCUUAUAAAGAAAGACUUAGCUUACGUUUGUCAUCAAUCUAGUGAAGAAAUGAAAGGUUUCAAUCCUCCACCGAGUCCUUGGCGCGAUAGACCGGUUGAAGAGAGCUUACAACUAUUUAAUGAUAUGAAGGAUGGUUUGUUGGAAGAAGGAGAAGCGACCUUACGCAUGAAAGUGACUUUAGAGGAAGGUAAACAAGAUCCUGUGGCAUACAGAAUAAAAUAUUCGCUGCAUCAUCGAACUGGUGACACAUGGUGUAUCUAUCCCACAUACGAUUACACCCAUUGCUUGUGCGAUAGCAUCGAAAAUGUCACUCAUUCUCUCUGUACAAAGGAAUUCCAAUCACGGAGAUCGUCUUAUUAUUGGCUUUGCAAUUCCUUGAGCAUUUAUUGUCCUGUACAAUGGGAAUAUGGCCGAUUGAACGUCAAUUAUACUGUAGUUUCCAAAAGAAAAAUUGUCAAAUUAAUACAAGAAGGAAUAGUGUCUGAUUGGGAUGAUCCCAGAUUAUUUACAUUGACUGCGCUACGCAGACGUGGAUUUCCACCCGAAGCUAUAAACAAUUUUUGCGCUCAAAUGGGUUUAACUGGUGCACAAGCAACCGUUGAUCCUGCAGCAUUGGAAGCAGCUGUUAGGGAUGUUCUAAAUCUUACUACUCCCCGACAUAUGGUAGUUCUAGAGCCUAUCAAAUUGACUAUUAAAAACUUUCCUCAAGAGAAAGCCAUAAAGCUCACUGCACCCGAUUUUCCUAACGAGCCAGAGAGGGGACAUCAUGAAAUUAUAUUUGAUGAAAUUGUAUAUAUUGAAGCUACGGACUUCAAAGAAAUUGAAGAGAAAGGUUUUAGGCGCUUGACACCAAAACAAUCUGUAGGCUUAAAGCAUACGGGUAUCAUAGUAACGUUUGAAAGUAUCGAGAAGGAUGCCAGUGGUAAUAUUACGAAUAUAAUUGUUAGAAAAGAUCCUGUUUCAGAAAAGAAUAAACCGAAAGCAUUUAUACAUUGGGUGUCCCACCCAGUAUUGGCAUCUGUUAGAUUAUACGAACGUUUGUUUAAGCACAAAAAUCCGGAAGAUGUACAUGAGGUACCGCAUGGAUUUUUGAGUGAUAUUAAUCCAUCUAGCAAAAAAGAAAUUGUAGCGUAUAUGGACAACAGUCUAGCUGAAACAGCAAAAGUGUAUGACAAGUUUCAAUUUGAACGUAUAGGCUUUUUCUCUGUUGAUCCUGAUACCAAACCUAAUAAGCUUGUUUUUAAUCGUAUUGUAACAUUGAAAGAAGAUACAGGAAAAGUGUAAAUAUAUAUUUCAAUACUAUCAUCAAAAAUAUCUGUACUACUAUUUUUACUACUGUUAAGAUCUAGAGCUAAGAAUAUAUUGAGUGGAUCCAUAUAUUCGAUUUUUGAAGGCUAAAAUGAAACAAGUUUUUUUCAUACAAAGAAUGAAUUUUAAUCAAUGAUAUAUUCUCCGUUUUUGUUGAUGACCUCUUGCCAUCUUUCCAACAAUUUCAUUAUUCCGCUCUCAUAGAAGGUCUGGAGCUUAGAGGCGAAAAACCGGUCGAGGUACGUUUUCACAGCUGUCUGAUCAGCGAACGAUUUCCCGUUGAGGGAGUUUUGCAGGGACCGGAACAAGUGGUAGUCGAAUGGCGCAAGGUCUGGUGAAUACGGUGGAUGGGGCAAAACAUCCCAGCUAAGUUGCACUAAUUUUUGCUGAGUGAUUAUUGCGGUGUGGGGUCUGGCGUUGUCAUGGUGGAAUAUGACACGAUUGUUCUGGACGUUUCUGUCGCAAUGCUUGAUUCAAUUUCGUUAGCUGCGUGCAGUAGACCUUCGAAUCGAUCGUUUUUUCCUGAGGAAGCUCGUAAAACAGCACAACAUGAUCCCACCAUAUGGAUAGCAAAAUCUUCGGAUGCAGGCCGGCCUUUGGGGUGGCAUUCGGCUCACCAGCGGUUCCCCAUGAUCUCUUGUGCACUAUGUUGUCGUAAAUGAUCCACUUUUUGUCGCCAGUCACUAUUCGUUUGAGAAACGAGUCGCUUUCGUGCCGCUUUAGAAGUGAAUUGCAGAUGGACAUGCGGUUGGCCAGGUUCUCCUCGGUCAGCUUGUGCGGCCCCCAAACAUCGAGGCGGGACACGUAGCCAAGCUGUUGCAAAUGCCUUUGAACGGUUCUAUAAUCUACUUUAAGUGUUUCCGCAAUCUCUCGCACCUUUAGCGUUCGGUCUUGCUCAAUCAGUGCCUUGAUAUCUUCCUGCCUUCAUUCGAAUCAACCUCGGUGGGCCGACCGCUACGGGGUCCAUCUUCAAGACUCGUAUCUCUGGAACGAAAUUUAGCAACCAUUUCUGAGUGGUACGUUCUGUUAAGGCAUCGUCCCCGUAUACGCCGCAUAUCUUUCGGUGGGCCUCCGCAGCUCGCUUGCCUUUCUUGAAGUAAUAAA